CUGACGGAGUGAUCGCCAACAUGGAAGUUGGAGUUGCAAGAAUCAGUCGAAGUCAGAAGAAACUGAUGACGAGUUGGUUAAUAUGUUCGUGUAUCUGUUAUCUGGCGUCAGGAAGAAUACACAAAUUAAGCCUAAAGAAUGAUGAUAGAGGAGUUGUAAGACUGAGUACGUUUGGGUUUUUAAAGAGUGGAGCUCUACAAGUUAACAUCACCCAGUUUAGAUAUAAUGUAAAUGGAGUAAAUAUGACAGAUAGUGGGAAGAUGGUGGAUUCAAUGUUUGGAUUUACUCUUGAUAAAAGUGAUAGCAGUGGAAUUGCUUCCUAUUUGGAGGACAAUCAAGGGAAGAACUGUAUCCUCUCCCUAAACAACCCAGCCAGUAUAUUCAAAGAGAAAACCAUGUCCAUCAUCUUCUUCAGGAUGAAGUUUUCCAACAAACAGAUGGAAAUCCAGAAGUAUGGUAAAGAUAUUAGAAUGCUGGACAUCUCAGCAAAGGCUCGUAUGAAAAUUUCUGGGAGAUCAUCUAUAACUAAAGGGAACACAGGUAAAGGUUUAAGUGACUCUUCAAUGAUGCGCAAAAUAACACCUGCAAAAUUCACUGAUCCACCCCCAGCAAGUGCACCAGGUAGUGGGACAAAAUCUACACAGAAGAAGAGCCUCCAGCGAAGAGAAGGGGUGAGGGAACCUCCCCCCAGUGUAGUACCACCUCAGACAACCACACGAAAGACAGACCCCCUACACCCAGAACCAUUACCUAUUCAAGGGAAUCUUAAAAACGGACACUCUGUAUCUUUUGGAAUCAAUGUAGACAAUGACCAAGAGGAAGGGCUGUACAAUCUCUACUUUCACAAUUGCUUUCAGUAUGAAAAAGGGGUCCAUGCAACAUUUGAAAUGCAGAUUGAUAUAGAGGAGACUAAUGACGGGAACUACUUGUCGGCGGGGGAGAUUCCUAUCCCCGCCCUCUUCUUUACUCUCUCCGUCCUGUUCUUCAUCGCUGGCAUUGUGUGGAUGGUGAUUCUCCGCCGCGUUAAGGAGGAUGUAUACACAAUGCAUUAUUUAAUGUUUGCGGUGGUGAUGGUGAAGGCACUCUCAAAUCUCUUUAAUGCUGUCAACAUGCACUUUAUUGCAGUAGAAGGCAUGCAUGAGGAAGCCUGGGCAGUAUUGUACUACAUUGUAUAUCUAUCUCGAGGAGCUUUAUUGUUUGUGACAAUUUUACUGAUUGGAACAGGAUGGACUUUUGUAAAACACGUCUUUUCAGACAAAGAAAAGAAACUUUUUCUGAUUGUUAUCCCUCUACAGAUUCUGGACAACAUUGCGUAUAUUAUUAUUGAGGAGAGUGAGGAGGGCCAGUCGGAAUACGCUAUAUGGCAGGAGAUCUUUAUUCUGGUAGAUCUGCUCUGCUGUGGAGCGAUUCUCUUCCCUGUUGUAUGGUCCAUGAGACAUUUACGACAGUCCACAAGAACAGAUGGGAAAGCUGCACUCAGUUUACAAAAACUAGCCCUCUUCAGGCAUUUCUAUAUCAUGAUUGUAUGUUAUAUCUACUUUACAAGAUUUAUAGUUUACCUAGUAAAGAUAACUGUACCCUUCCAGUAUGAAUGGUUAGAUGAACUCUUUAAGGAACUUGCCACAUUAGUGUUCUUCAUCAUCACUGGAUACAAAUUCCAGCCCGCUCCGGAUAAUCCAUAUCUCCAGGUGCCCACAGAGGAGGAUGAGGAAGAGGUGGAGAUGGACGAGGUAAUUACCAAAUCAGGUGCCAUGGAAACACUUACUCAUGUCAACAAAGGGACAUCUAGUGGAGGCCUUAAACAAAGGGAGAGCAGUCAUGAGUAUGAUUGAAAAAGACUGAGGAAAAAGAAAUAGCAAAUCUAGCUAUCCAAGCCUGAAAAAAAAACAUAAGGAUUUUCAUUGACAAUUUUGUGGUGGAAGUUUUUUUUGUGCAAUCUUUUUUUUUUUUGACAAAUAUUGAGCAUUGUUUGAAAAUGCAUAUAGAUAUUGAUUUCUUUCAUCAUUAUCAGGUUAUGAAUUUUGUAAAAUUGUGACAUUUUUUCCUUUAAAAAUUUUUUUCUUUAGUUUUGCAAAUUUCCAUCAGGUGAAUGCUUUGAAAACUGUAUUUACAAAAAAAAGAAAAAUCAGGUAUCAUUUAUGCUGAUAUCAUGUAUUGUCAAGCGUUGUAAGCGGCUGUAUGUUUUGGAUGAGGUGUAAAUGUGUGUAUGUAAGAAGCAUCAGUGGAAAAGUGAGGCAUUUAUCAUUAAUUUCAUCCUCUGUGAUAUUUUAUGUGUUUAUCAUGAUUCUUAAUGUUAAGUACAUGGGUAAGGACAAUGAUUACUGUUUACAAUCAGUUUUAUUUAUUAUUACUCUUGUCAAUACGAACAUAAUUCGUCUGUACCUAUGAAUUACAUAAUUCUUUUGUCUUUGGGAAAAACUCAAUACAGUCAUUGACAAACUUUGGUCUCAAAUACCAGUAUCUUUCAUACCUUUGAUCUUUCAAGUGAAUUAUUUUGAAGUCUAAACCACUUGCUAUUUAAUUUGUCCUCAAUAUCUUGAAUACUCCGAAUCUGAUAUCUAAAAGUUUUCCUUGGUCUUGUUGAGGUCAAGAGGAUAAGGUUUGACUGUACUUUAUAAUUUAUUGCUUUAGUUACAAUGGUUUCUGUAAAACACAAAAUAUCAAUCAUGAAUAUACUGUAUAGUACCCAAAGUUUUGUGGACUAUGAAAGGUUCCUGUUAUUUGUUCAGUAUGUGGGUUUAGAUGGAUGCUGUAUAAAAUGAUGGCCUGGAAUCCUCAAAAGUCUCAAGCCAAAGAAUUCCAGUAUACAUUCACUGCUCUUUUUUUAUUGGUAUAUUGUAUGUCUAUUGUGUAUAGAAAAUGUUGAACUGGUAUUAAAGAUUUUAAGUUGCAAUUUAUUUUACUGUCUUCCUGAAAGAAUUUCUUUGGAGAGAGAAAAACAAAAUGAUAAGAGUCUCCUUAUAUGGCCAAGUUUAAUCAUGUGAUAGUAUGGCGGAAAUAAGAAACACUGCUUACAAAUCAUACUCAUGUAAAGAACUUUUUUGUUCAAUAUUUAGCUCAGUUGGUGAAUCACAUGGCAUGCUAAUUUACCUGUCACAUGAUAGAAUAAAAUUGAAAAAUC